CUUCCGGUGAGGGGAAGGCUGCCGUUGCCGCCAGAGCCGGGGGUCCAGUCUCCGGGGGUCCGGCGGGGCCGAGGGGAAUGGGCAGCGGGAGAGAGACCAUGAGCGGCUUCCCCCGACAAGGAGCACUUCCGGGGUUAAGCCCCCACCCGGAAGCGGAAGACAAGGGCUGCCUGCUGUCUGCCUGGCUCUCCGCCGGAGGAGCGACGACGGCCGGCGGCGGAGAAGGAGGAGGAGGAGGCGGCGGCAUCGGCGGCGGCGCUGGUUCCGGAGGGGCUGCGCCUCAGCUGGUCUCCCGAGCGCCGCAGCUGGACUCCGCGUCGUCCAGGCCGCUGUUCCCGGCCUCAGCCCGGGCGGGAAGGAGAGCCAGGGGCCGCGGGAGGGCUAGAAUGGAAGAAUCUCACUUCAAUUCCUCCCCCUAUUUUUGGCCAGGAGUGCCCACUGUCUCAGGGCAGAUUGAUAACAGUAUGUUCAUUAACAAGAUGAAGGAGCAACUGUUACCUUCGGAAAAAGCCUGUGGUCUCGCUCCUCCCCAUUAUCCAACCUUAUUGACUGUACCAACCUCUGUGGCCCUUCCCACCAAUAUUUCUAUGGAUUCUGACACCAAGCCUGAACAGCUUACCCCACAUAGCCAAGCUUCUGUGACACAGAAUAUCACUGUGGUGCCUGUACAGUCUGCUGGGCUCAUGACAACAGGGCCUGGUCUCGUGAUCACUUCUCCCUCUGGGUCUCUGGUGACCACAGCCUCUUCUGUACAAACCUUUCCUAUCUCAGCACCCAUGAUUGUCUCAGCACUUCCCCCUGGUUCCCAGGCAGCUCUUCAAGUAGUACCUGACCUCUCCAAAAAGGGGAUUACUGCCCUUUCAGAAGUUGGGACAGUGAGUGGUGUCGGUGGUAUGCCUCCAAAAGCUCCCCGAGGGCGGAAAAAGAAACGGCUACAGGAAUCUGGCCUGCCAGAGAUAAGCGAUCCUUUUGUGUUGCCAAAUGAUGAUGAUGAAGAUCAGCACAAGGAUGGCAAGACAUACAGGUGCCGGAUGUGUUCCUUAACAUUUUACUCUAAGUCAGAGAUGCAGAUCCACUCCAAAUCCCACACUGAGGCAAAGCCACACAAGUGCCCUCACUGCUCCAAGAGCUUCGCCAACAGCUCCUAUCUGGCCCAGCACAUACGCAUCCAUUCAGGGGCCAAGCCGUACACCUGCAGCUACUGCCAGAAGGCCUUCCGCCAGCUUUCCCAUCUACAGCAGCACACACGGAUCCACUCCAAGCUCCACACGGCGAUUGUCAAGCCGCACAAGUGCCCUCACUGUUCCAAGAGCUUCGCCAACACGUCCUACCUGGCCCAGCACCUCCGCAUCCAUUCAGGGGUCAAACCCUACACGUGCCGUUACUGCCAGAAGGCGUUCCGCCAGCUCUCCCACCUCCAGCAGCACACACGGAUCCAUACUGGAGACCGACCCUACAAAUGUGCACAUCCGGGGUGCGAGAAAGCUUUCACACAGCUCUCCAACCUGCAGUCCCACAGACGGCAGCACAACAAAGACAAACCAUUCAAGUGCCACAAUUGCCAUCGCGCAUACACAGAUGCCACCUCAUUGGAGGUUCAUUUGGCUACCCACACGGUGAAGCAUGCCAAGAUCUACAAUUGCUCCAUGUGUAAUCGGGCCUACACUUCGGAAACAUACUUGAUGAAACAUAUGCGGAAACACAACAUCCCUGACCCCCAGCAGCAGGUGGCUGUGGUCCAAGCCCAGGUGCAAGCCCAAGUCCAGGCUCAAGUCCAGGCUCAAACCCAGGCGUCACAACAACAGCAGCAACAACAACAGCAACAGCAACAGCAGCAGCAGCACUUCCAGUCACAGGGUGGUGGGGGAGCAGGGGGUCCAUCUGGUGACAACCCUUCCAACCCCCCACCCCAGUGUUCCUUUGACCUUACCCCUUACAAGACUUCGGAGCAUCACAAAGACAUCUGUCUCACGGUUAGCACCAGCACCAUCCAGGUGGAGCAUCUUUCCAGCUCCUAGAGACCUUGGCAGAGGGGAGUGGAAAACUUCUUGCACAUAGUCUAUGCCCAAGGGCGUUUCUUGUGUGAUGGCCUCUCCUCAUGCAACACGUUCUGGCCUCUUCCACAGCUUCCCUUUCAGGGAGGGGAAUGGGGGUUAUAUCUACUGUGUGGCCACUUCUUGGCUUCACCAUUAGUGCCUCAAAAUGGCACAACAUCAUGAUCUAAAACUGGGGAAGUAGGAGAACUCCCUUCUUGUGAGAGUGGCUCUUCCCUUCAGCAAACAUUUUUUGGCUUAUCAAGGGAAAGCCCCCAUUUCCAUCUCAUUUUACAAGGUGGAAAGAACACCCCUUUGGUACUUGGGAAGCUAGGAGAUGGAAGCGGAUUCAGCAUUGACUGAUUCCCGGUCACUAAAGACAUCCAGUAGGGUGUGUAGUGGAGGAUGUUUGCUCUUCUUGUCCCUUGAUACCUAUGAAUGGGGGAGGAAGAGUUAAUUGCUCCAGUUCUAAGCAUGAAAUAUUACCCCUCAUGCUGUACCAUGAAGUUGGGGCAUGUUGCUAAGGCUUAUCUCAGCCUAAUCAAAUGGCUGGGGUGGGGGUGGGAGUGGGGAGAAAGCAUUCUUUCUCAGCCAAUGGCAAGAGGAAUUAGCAAGUAGGGGGUGGGGUAGGUUGCAGCUUGACACCCUUUUGUGGCUUAACUAUCAUCAGAAUGAUAAAGCCUGCUGCAGGCAUAGAAAUAUAAAUCUGAACCAAAAAAAAAGGAGCUAGUGGUAAGAGUGCCAAAAUGAACAUGGUUCCCUCCCUCAGAGAGAGGGGAGAAGAGGUGGUCCCUGUUUCUAAAUCCCACCCCACCCCGUGCCACAGGCUGCAACCCCAGGCUUAAAGGAGACCUUUUUGAGGGGCCAGUGGGAAAGGGAACUGUUGAUCUGCUCCUCUCUAUCCAUCAUCCAGAUGCUUCCUUCACUCUCCUUAUUGCCAAGGCAGACUGGAAUGAGGUGGCUGUGGUGGUGACACUUGGAGAUCAAGAAUCAGAGGAAUCUUCCAGAGGGUGGACAGUGGAGAAGAAGAGAUGGUGCAAAUCCCACCCCCGCUUGGAGAGACCAAUCAGAAGGGGGAGAUCCCCAAGAACAGACUCAAGCCCCAUUGAAUUUAUAUAUAAAUAUAUAUAAAUAUAUAUACAGAUAGAUAGAUAUAUCUAUUCACAUCCCAACCCCAUCCAGCCUGCUCUGUCCUUGCUGUAACUGUUUUCUAUCUGUGAUUAUAAAAUGCAUUAUUCUUGCACACUUUUUAUUUUUCCAUCCUUGAUUUAUCCCCCCCCCCCACUUGCUCUUUUCAUCUUCAAGUUGUUUCUUCGCCUUCUCUCUUGAAUUUUGUGGUUCCUAUGUCAUCAUUUCAAUGUUCUGAUUAUCACUUGGGUCACUGAGGCAGAAGGGGAGGCACAGAAAAAAAGUAAUUGGGAUUCAGUGAGGAAAAGAUCCCUAGCAGGCAUGGGGUUGGGGUGGGGGUGGGGGUUGGAAGGACUAUGGUGUUUUACAAUAUUGGUUCAUAAAAAUAAAUGGCUUGAAAUGUUUUUUUCUUUGUGGAUGAAGGUACUGGCAAUUGUUGGCCCUGUGCCCAAGGCAAGAAUGUGAGCAAUGUAAGUUCUUGCCUCAUCCACGAGAGAGCCAGCCCAGUGGCAGCAUUGUGGACCUCCUUCUAUGCACCUGCUCCACUUCUUGGAGUGUAGACACAGCAGCUGUUCAGUGAAGAAAAUCUUGGAAGUGGGCUGAUAAUUCUGCAUACAUGGGAUGGACCAGAUGCAUAUUUCCUUCCUCUGCUAACUCCAUACUCCCCUCCGCAGACCACACACAGGCCCAAUGGAGAUGAAAGGGUGCAUAGACAUUUCAAGAUUGUGAUUUAGGUGCAGGAACUAUGUUGAAUUUGAGUGUGUGUGCCUUGUUUCUGUGUCAGGCAUGGGUAUGACUUCUGUGUGUACAUGUGUCCCUGUGCUUCAUAUGUGCACACUCAUUUGGCACAAUUCUGCACUCCCUUCCUCUCGGAGUGAAUUAUUUGAUCCUGACUGUACAUCUCUGUGGUCAUUGUUGCAAGUGUUGUUGGGGCUGCAAGAGUGACCAUACCCUUACUCUAUGCGCAAAGUUUGAGUGGAGCACUUGAGAACUGGACACCAGAUUCCAUGGGCUAGCCACAGUCAUGGGAGGAAACUAAAGAUGUGCUAAUGUUCAUUCAGUGUGUUGGCACAAGAGUUGUAUUUUCAAAUCCUCCUUUUUCUGUCCAGUUAGCAAUGUUUCUUCAUGUCCUUGGGAAACAUUAGUGGUGGGUUCUCUUUUGUGGGAGGAGUUGUUUCUUGCCAGAAUCAGGAGCAGACUUCUUUCCCUGGUAUGUCAGGUUAAGGCCGUGCACGAAUGGAAACCGUUUCUAAGUUCUGAAUGAGUUUGUGAGGACACUGCUGAAGUUUUGUGAAAUGUGUAUUCAUGCCCCUUUCCUGGUUUUUAUUGUUGUUACCAUCCCUGGGCAAAUAGUUUUUGAAUCCGCAAAACUUUUGUGGGACUGCAGCAGGGCAGAAAACAGUGACUGUAUUAUGGACAUUGGGGGCUAUCUAGUAGUUACAGGUUUCUGAAAAAUUCUCUGUGCUGCUUGCACCCUUAGGAAGUAAUAAAAUAUGUGCUGUGACUUGGGGACGAACGCAAAAGGGGAGCAAACUUGCAUGCUUUGAGCUGUUAUGAAUCUUGUUAGAACUGUGAGCUUGCUGCUGCUUUUCCUGGGAUGAAAUGCAAGCAACAAGUUACCUUAAGCUUGUUCUCAGUUUUCAGACUGUGAAAAGCUGGCUGCGGCGAUAGAGGUUCAUGAUUUUGUGGUUCAAGCAUAGAAAGACCUACCGUUCUUAAUCUCUUGUGGGCCCUUGAGGCUGAGAACUGUAACCUCCUAAUGCUUCUCAGUGGAUUUUGAGAGAAACAGGUUGUCCCAAGCAUUGAUGCCCAUGGGAGUUUGCAAGAAUUGCACCCGCCUCUUAGCACUUGCAGAUAAAAAUCCUUACCUAUAGGGGAAGAAUGUCUUCUUUUGCAAGCUCCCCUCUUCUGCCCUUCCUUGCCUCACCUGAAGCUUUGCUGGUCACCAUCCCCACCUCUUUGCUACACAAGUGAGAAGAGAUGGGGGGGAGGGAAUGGACUGUGAACUGCGUUGAGAGAACACACAUUUCUUUAUGCUGAGUCUAAAGCUCCUCCGCUGAUACAGUGUUAAAAGGUAGCCAAUAAAAACACACCAAGUCAAGAAAUGCCAAAUGUUUCAAGGCAAUGUUUGUGCUGUACUGGAUGCUACUUCAGUGAAGAGAAAAGUACCAGUGGAAUUUGGGUCGGUGAAUGUUAUGGAGACUGUUUCCUGUUUGCUUCUUAUACCCUUUUGGAAUUACCCCAUCAGUUCAGGAUGGGUAACGUUCAGCUACCCUAAGGACUUCUCAUGUUGCAUUUCCCAGACGGGGAGGGGUGUUUUAAAUUUCCAACCUUAAUAUUGCAUUAGAACCUUUUGUAUUUAAUUUCAUUACUUUUUUUAAAAAAAUAAAUAAAUUCCAAAAGCCCUCUUAACCUUCA